CGCGUGUCAGCCACUCGCUCGCGAGCCGCUCGCCAUGCAACACCUCCUGUUAGUGCCUCUCCUCUUCAUUUUGAGGACGGAGGGUGCCGUGGAAGUCUUCCGUACCGACCUGUUUCCCGAACAACUGGAACAGCAGCAGAUUCAAUUCAAGCAGAUCGCCCUCCAGCAGCAGCUGCAGAACAUCCAGCGUCUGUUGCAAGUAGCAGCUCCGGCGGCUCAGCAGGACCUGCUCCGUCAGCAGCAGCAGAUAAAUUCGGAGAUGAGCCAAAUGCAGCAGAAACUUUUGAUUUUACAACAGCGGAUACAAGAACAGCUCGGCGGAAGGGUGACUUUUAUCACAAUACCAGAAAACAACGAUGGAGUGGAAGUGAGGAUUGUGAAUCGGUUAGAUAAUCCACCAGUGCCAGAAGAAACCCAAGAUGUAGAAAAGCAACUCUUCACACCUCGACCACAACAAAGCUUCCAGCAAGAGCAAAGGCCAUCCAGUCAAUUCCAACAGCAGCAAACACCUCAGAAUCAGUUCCAGCAGCAGGGAAUACCUCAGAAUCAAUUUCAACAGCAACAACGGCCUCAAAAUCAACCCCAACAGCCAAGACCUCAGAAUCAGUUCCAACAACAGCAGAACCAAAGACCUCCCAUACAAAAUCCACAGAACCAAAAUGUUAAUUUUCAAGUCCCACAGAACCAAGCACCAAACUUUCAACAGCAACAACCCCAACAACAGCCUCAGAGACCCAUACAAAAUCCGCAACCUCAGCCUCAACCACAACCUCAGCUUCCCUCAGAUGAACCAACUCUACCUUGCUCAACCCUCUCUGGUGAAGCUGGUUUCUGCAGACCUCUUAUCAAGUGCUUGUCUUUUUACGCUGAAUUGCCGGAACUCAAGAAACAACCUUGUAAGCUGGGCGAAGGAGGGCUUGGCGUCUGCUGUCCUCGAAGGAUGAGACCUACAGGGGGCCCUAGCAAGAAUAAUGGCGUGCUGCGGCCGCCACCGCCUCCACCCGUGGUCAUCCCCCCUUUCACACCUCAGCAGUUAAACCAGGCCGCCCAGGUAGCGCUCCAGCGACUCCAAGAAAGAUUGAACUUCGUGGCGGCACUGUUCAGCGGAGGGGUGGUAGUGAACCCGAGCUCCGCUGCCGCCGCUCACCAAGAGUUCUUCCCUGUCUCCAACAAUACUCUCCAGCGGGGCGAGACCGCGCAGAAGAACGUGGAGGCCAGCGUGGAUCUCGUCAAUGAGUUCAACCUGAGCCCAGAUCAAGGAAAGUUCGCCCUGCCGACGUUCAGCGUGUUGAACACCGUGAUCGCGGACACUUGUCCUCGGCCGUCGUCUUGCCAGUCGACCAAGUACCGCACCCCUGACGGGUCUUGCAACAACCUCCAGCACGACCAGUGGGGCCGAGCAGGCGUCGCGCUCCAGCGAAUUCUGCCGCCUAAAUACGAUGACGGAGUAAAUGCUCCCAGGAAGACUAUCUCUAAUGGCCAAGAGUUACCCAGUGCUCGGGCCAUCUCUACCAGAGUGGCUCAGGAUGCUGACAACCCUUCCAACAACUACACCCUCAUGGUGAUGCAGUGGGGGCAGUUCCUCGACCAUGAUCUUACCCACACACCCAUCAACUUUGGUCAGUCAGGCAGUGGGAUCUCCUGCUGCAGAGAGGGAGUUCCUUUGGAACCAAACCUCCGGCACCCAGAUUGCUUCCACAUUGACAUUCCUCGAACUGACAAGAUCUUCUCUCCCUUUGGAGAGCGAUGUAUGGAGUUUGUACGAUCUCUCCCUGCCCCACGCCCCGAGUGUAAUUUUGGACCCAGAGAACAGAUGAAUCAAAUAACAGGAUACUUGGAUGGAUCCAACAUUUAUGGCUCAAAUAUCAACGCUCAGCGAAAUCUUCGAGAAUUCAGAGGAGGCCGACUUCGUAUCCAGAAUGUUGAGGGCAAACAAAUGUUGCCACCAAAUGUCAAUGAAUGUCGAAGUCAGGACCAGAGAUUCUCUUGUUUUCUGGCUGGGGACGGCAGAGUGAACGAGCAAGUGAACCUGGCACUAACACACACUGUGUGGAUGCGGGAACACAACCGAGUAGCUGGAGAGCUUUCCAGGAUACAUCCAGACUGGAGUGAUGAGGCCCUCUUCCAGGAGGCACGCAGGAUUGUUGUGGCAGAGAUACAGCAUAUCACGUACAACGAGUUCUUACCGAUUAUCUUAGGAAGAACCUACAUGGACAAAUUCCAGCUCUCCCCGAAGGAAAGUGGUUGGACCCGACUCUACGAUCCAGAACUGAAUGGAGGGAUCACAAAUGUGUUCGCAACUGCAGCCUUCAGAUUUGGCCACAGCCUCAUUCAAGGCAACUUCCAUGGCUAUGGCAGGUUUGGUAACGUGAGGGAAAACCUUCAGCUCAGCAAACAUCACUUCUCACCCUUUGUUCUGUACAAAGAUGGGGCUGUGGACGACAUGAUCCGAGGAUUAGCAUCCCAGAGCUCCCAAAAGUUCGACAGAUUCUUCACCAAUGAGGUGACAGACCAUCUGUUCCAAGGUGAUCUUGACCUUGGCCUUGACCUGGUGGCCCUCAACAUCCAGAGGGGCAGAGACCACGGACUGCCACCCUAUAAUGACUGGAAGGAAGUCUGUGGAAUGAAGAAGGCCAAGGAUUGGAGAGAACUUAUUGACGUCAUGGAGCCUCAGAGUAUAAACCAAUUGGCAGCUGUGUACCCAACAGUAGAUGAGGUAGAUCUGUUCAUUGGGGCAGUGUCAGAGAAACCUUUGGAGGGUGCAAUGCUGGGGCCCACUUUUGUCUGUCUGGUGGGUGACCAGUUCGCUAGACUACGGCGUGGCGAUAGAUUUUUCUAUGAAGAAAGUAACCAACCCUCAACAUUUUCUAAAGAUCAGCUGGAGCAGUUGCGGAAAGCAAGUUUGGCCAGGAUACUGUGUGACAACUCGGAUGAUAUUGCUCUCAUCCAGCCUCUCGCCUUCAUUCAGCCUUCCUUUCUAAACCAAAGAGUAUCCUGCUCCAGCGAGGCUAUACCAAGAGUGCAGCUGCAUCCCUGGGCCCAGGAAAGACCAGCUGCUUAAGAAUCAUUCACACAAGUAACACUUUCGAAGACUGCAUUAUGACAGAAAAAUCCAUUCAUUUCAUACUAAUGCAAAAAAUGUAUUUUUAUUUAUUUAAAAUAAUCUUAGAGUAAUUUACCAAGGAAAUUACUUGUGCUUUGUUCGUUUUGUCCCUAAAGUUAUUGUAAUGAAUUACAAUAUCUCUAAAUCUUCAA